GUGGGUGUGGCAGUCGUGUGUGUCAUUGGAUUGCAUGUUGCCUUCCCUAGCGGUCAGCAUAAGAACUCAUCAGUCAUUCCCAAUUUCAAAUAUCCCCAUAUCUUUGCGCCAUGGCUCCUCUUCCGCACAGCACGUUCGGGGCAUUGAUUAUAUGCACAACUUUCUCUGCUUUUCUCCUUGCAAUCCAACAUUACCAGGUUUACCUUUAUUUGAAAAGAUUUUGGGGAAGAGAUUCCCGAUACUUUCGGUACAAUGUGAUCGUAGUGACAGUGAUCGAUACAUUGCACCAAAUAUUCUGUCUUUAUACGCUGUAUUUGUACCUCGUUGCAUACAUCAGCAGACCCCGACUUUUGCAGCGCUUUACAUGCUCGAUAGCAGCGACUUUGACCGCAGGGCUAGUUCUUAGUUAUCUUGUCCAAAUGUUUUAUGCAAGACGAUGCUGGCUCUUGAAUAAGAAACGGGUGUUCUGGGCCCAUGUACACUUAGGCUUUGGACUAUGGUUCACCGCUGCAACCGUGAUGGUGAAGACAAUUGCAGAGUACAUCAACCUCAAACGCAGAUAUCUUUCCAUUCUUUGUGCUGAGUCUGCUGCUGUUUGCGAUGUUCUUGUCACAUAUGCUGUGAUCAGUCAACUUGCGGGAACCAAGACUGGGUUUAGAUCGACGGAUAGGGGAAUAAAGCGUCUGAUUGCAUUCACCUUUGGCACUGGCACUUUGACCAGCGUGGUGGCCUGCACUGUCGUCGUUGUGUUUUUGACCGGACUUGAUUAUGAAACACUUGGAAUCGGCUUCCUUCUAUGCAGAUCUAUAGCAACAGUUUGCUUGCCUCGCUCAAUCAACGUGGCAACUGGUUUAAGCAUCUUGACCACUUCGAUUCUGAUUGGGUUGAAACUCCCCCAAAUCGAGAAGAAGUGUCCCCCGUCAGCUCAGGUCCCCAGUUCACAUCGCCCAGCUUCUAAUCCUGGAACAAGGGUGGUAUGACCAGACAGCACCUGGUGCUUGUACCAAGUUUUUCCUGAAACUUUCCUACUUGACCGGCUUUUCGCACGGAGAGUGCCCUGAGAACUCUACGGGUCGUUGAGUAGACAAUGCAAUUUGAGGUCGUGAUCCGGGAAAUCACUUUAUAGCCAGCAGGAGCCCAAGUUUCUUUCGGCUUCCAACUAUAAGAUUCCCUGCCCUACCAACUCUCUCUGUUCCCGAGCUGCUUUCCAAAAUCCCCACGGAAGCUGGUGGUGACCAGCCCUAUCAUCUUCAGAGGCAACCGGC